AUGAGAACGUCAACUUUCCUUCUACUCGUAAUAAUAUUUUUAACAAUCAACAUACAUUAUUCAAUCGUUGAGAUUCAAGCAUUUGAAAAUUCUGUUGAAAUAUAUUCACCUACUCAAGGUUGGUACCCUAUUGGUUCAGAUUUAUGUAUAAAAUGGAGUUUUAUUGGGUAUGAUGGAAAUACCAAAGCUUACGUACAGUUAUGGCGAAUACCUCCAGGCUCAAAUGCUAAGUUAGUCUGGAAUGUUUCAGCUUUACUUUAUUUUGAUAAUAUUUGCUUCACCGUCACUUCAAAUUGGUCCGAGAAUGAUACAUUUUAUAUAAACGUCGUACCAAAAAAUCAUCCUAAGCAGGAAUUUCAUUCAGAUACUUUCAUGAUUUAUAAAACAUUGACAGCAGCCGCCAGCUUGAGUGCAAUGCCAGCAGCCACCACCUAUACAACCACCUUGUUGAUCAUGGUUGUAUCCUGGCAGUACUACGAUACUACUAAACGUUGA